AGUCUCAGUAAGCUCAGCUAGCUAACACACUGACAUAGCAUGCUAAGCUAACGUUAGCCAAACAGUGCAACCUUAUGUUAACUGUUUUACAAUCUAGGUUUUUAGGCUAGUUACGUACAGUAAAACAAAUAAUAAUAAUAUAGAAUAUAGUUUAUUAAUAAUAAUAAUAAAAUUUUUGAACUAAAUGUUUUUACGAUUGCUGACUUUAUAUUUUUCCCAGCUAUGUUGGUUCAGGGUUUUUAAUUGGAUUGACAGGUCAUAAAGUAACACAAAUGAUGACACAAGGAAGAGAAAUAGAUGUAACUUACGUAAAUAACUGAAUGGCAUUAAUAGAAACUUAACUAAAAUUAAUAAAUGCUCCCCUGCUGAGGCUGAGACUUAGGAGACGUAAUGGACAGUGUGAGCUGAGACUUCAUAUCCAGAUCACUGGGGACACAUCGCGUUUGGGUUGCAAUCACACCUGAACACAUCGCAUCAGGAGCGGCGACAUUUGAGAUGUCCUUCAAACGUGCCCCAGACAGCUGAGCGGCUCUUCUGGAUUUUGCUGACGCUGCGCCUGGUCCCGCCUGGCCUCCUCUGAGCAGAAUGGACACUCUAGAGUCAGAGCUGACCUGCCCAAUCUGCCUGGAGCUCUUCGAAGACCCACUUCUGCUCCCCUGCGCCCACAGCCUGUGCUUCGGCUGUGCCCACCGCAUCCUCAUCUCCCACUGCACUACCAACGAAUCCGUUCAGAACAUCGCUGCCUUCCAGUGCCCCACUUGUCGAUAUGUCAUCUCCCUGAGUCCGGAGCGUGGACUAGAAGGACUUAAGAGAAACAUUACCUUGCAGAAUAUUAUUGAUAGAGUUCAACGGGCCUCGUCUUCGGCCGGGGUUCCUCUACCGCUGCCUGCGCCCCAAAGCGGCCCCAACUCACCGGGUGAGGAAGGGAGCAACCGUUUGGCGCUUGUCCCCCUCAGCGCCGCCAUGUCCAGCCCAGGCACGCCCCCCGAACCGGUCCAGUGCCAGUUCUGUGAGCAGGACCCUCCGCAGGAUGCUGUGAAGACGUGCGUGACGUGCGAGGUGUCGUACUGUGAGGAGUGCCUCAGGGCGACGCACCCGAACAAGAAGCCGUUCACCGGCCACCGCCUCAUCGAGCCCAUGCCGGACUCCCACCUCAGAGGGCUCCAGUGUCUGGAGCACGAGGAGGAGAAGGUCAACAUGUAUUGUGUGAGUGACGAUCAGCUGAUCUGCUCGCUGUGCAAACUGGUUGGGAGGCACAGGGACCACCAAGUGGCAGCACUAAGUGACCGCUAUGAAAAGCUCCGGCAAGCCCUGGACUCCAACCUCAGCAGCCUGAUCAAGAGGAACAACGAGCUGGAGUCGCUCAUGGGGAAGCUGAUCCAGACAUGUCAACAUGUAGAGGUCAAUGCGUCCCGUCAGGAGGGCAAACUCAUGGAGGAGUGUGACGUCCUGAUUGACAUUAUUCAGCAGAGGAGGCAGCUCAUUGCCAGCAAGAUCAAGGAGGGAAAGGCACAGAGGCUCCGAAAGCUCGCCCAGCAGAUCUCCAACUGCAAGCAGUGCAUCGAGAGGUCUUCAGCCCUCAUCACUCAGGCUGAUCAGACGCUGAAGGAGAGCGAUCACGCUCGCUUCCUGCAGACAGCCAAGAGCAUCAACGAGAGGGUUUCUAUGGCAACUGCAUCAACCCAAGUGCUGAUCCCCGAGAUACACCUGACAGACACGUUUGACACCUUCGCCCUGGACUUCACCAGAGAGAAGAAGCUGCUAGAGAAUUUGGAUUACCUCACAGCUCCAACUGCACCAUGCAUAAGGGAAGAGUUGUGUACGGCUUCCUAUGACACCAUCACCGUCCACUGGACCUCCGACGACGAGUUCACAGUUGUGUCCUACGAGCUGCAGUACACCAUCUUCACUGGACAGUCCAACAUAGCCAGUUUGUGUAACUCAUUGGAUAGCUGGAUGAUUGUCCCCAACAUCAAGCAGAACCACUACACAGUGCACGGUCUGCAGAGCGGCACCAAAUAUAUCUUUGUUGUGAAGGCCAUCAACCAAGCGGGAAGCCGGAGCAGUGAACCGGGGACGCUCAAAACCAACAGCCAGCCGUUCAAACUGGAUCCCAAGUCCGCUCACAAAAAGCUGAAGGUGUCCCACGACAACCUGACAGUGGAGCGGGACGAAACCACGUCCAAGAAAGGCCACAGCCAGGACCGCUUCGCCAGCCAGAGCAGCUACGGCGUGGUGGGAAACGUCUACAUCGACAGCGGGCGCCACUACUGGGAGGCGUUGAUCGGAGGGAGCACAUGGUACGCUGUGGGCAUAGCCUACAAAUCGGCCCCCAAGCACGAGUGGAUCGGCAAGAACUCCGCCUCCUGGGUGCUGUGCCGGUGCAACAACUCCUGGGUGGUGCGGCACAACAGCAAAGAGCUGGCCAUCGAGCCCUCGCCCCACCUGCGCCGCGUCGGCGUCCUGCUGGACUACGACGCCGGCUACCUCACCUUCUACGACGCCGUGGGCUCGCAGCACCUGCACACGUUCCACGUCUCCUUCGUGCAGCCCGUGUGCCCCGUGUUCAACGUGUGGAACAAAUGCCUGACCAUCCUCACCGGGCUGCCCAUCCCCGACCACCUAGAGGGACUAGAACCCCACAGCUGAACCAGCCACAGACAGAGGAAAAUAAAUCAGGCCCUGUUAAUGUACGUUAAAGCUGCACUGGGCCGGAUUUGUGAAGAUGCCCGAUUUGUGUUUGCAAGCGUGUCCCAUUCUUUUAAAUUCACACAGAUCCGCUCUAUUUCACCUAAUUAAAUCUCUGCACCCAGAGGCAGCUGUAAAAUAACAAAUAGAAAAUCUACAGUAGCUUAAAGUGAGCUGGAAUAGCAUGUUCUUGACAUUUCUUCAAUACAUGAGUAGGCCAGUGACUUAUCUUUUUACAGCGCAGGUAAUUAAACGAUUGCUACGGUUCAUCCAGCAUCACCUGGUGCAGCUUUGAUGUUAAAAGAAAUACUCCAGCUGUUCUUAGUUUAUCAGGCUUUUAAAACAGAGAAACAGUUGAGUUGAUGGUUUUUAACAGCUUGUUCAUGUUGUGCUUAAUUAAAGGAAACUUUGUGAAACCCCAGUCUAGACAAAUGACAGCACACAGCGGGUCCGUGUAGACGAAUGGACAGAAAUUCCUGCUCUAAGGCACUUUGCGCUAUGACGGGCAUAUUUGCACCACAUCAACUAGGAAACAAGCCACAAAUCAAUUUGUAAUUGUCUUAUUUUUUUUUUUGAAAGAUUAUCUUUUCAGAUUUAGCAUGUUCCUUGAACACACCGUCACAGCUUCAAUCAACCACAGUGGCUGGAAACAAACAGAAUAAUAGAUGUAUAUUUUGUGAAUUCACGUCCCGCCGCUGUGUUUUCCUCUUUUAUUAACAAGGAACCAAAGUAGCCAUUUCUGUUUGUUCGGCUGACGUUACAAAAUAAAUUGACUCUGUGAAUAAGUGCUGAGAUAUUUUUAAAAAGUGACAGAGCAUUAUGUGAAUAUUUUCGGCAGGAGUCCCUUCAGUGUUUUUGCACAUUGUUCAUACUUUAUUCAUGCAUUUGUCAUCUCAUGAUUUGAUUUAUUUUCAAAUUUCAGUGUUCACAUUGUUGUGUUCUGUGUUAUUUUAUUAUUUUGGCCACCCGUGCCCUUUCCUUAUGAUUGUGUUUGUGAUUAUCAGAGCUAAGGGGCAACAUGCAUGUUUGCCAUUCAGUGGGACUGUUUAUGUUGGGAAAUAUUCAUGUCACUAGCACACAGAGGUUACCAAGCCCACAUGCAACAUAUGGCAAACAAUACAUUCUCAGUUAUGUCCUAUGAAGCACACCUCCUUACUUACUUACUAUACAGCGACGGUUUCUCUUCACUGGGUCUGGGUUUGGAUUUCUACUCAUUGUUUACAAUUUAAAACAGAGACAUAAACGUUCAGUCAAGACACUCUUGUCAUUUCUAAAUGUUGAACCACUUCUCUGUGUACAAAGACUUGGUUGUAUUCCUCAGUGUUGCUUUGCUUCAAAACCUGGUACACUUCAAGUUCUUUAUUUUUGUGUUUCCCCUGGCAACAAAACUGAACUAUGUUUCAUUGUAUCUGAUACAAAUACAUCAUUUCGGUGUUACCGUCGUACGACCACGCUGUUUUAUGUUGUUGUCUUUGUGGACGUUUUUAUAGGAACAGGAUAUGAGUGACAUCACUGUCGUCUGAGUCAAGUACAAUAUAUGAGAAGGUCAAAAUAAAAUAUUGUUCCUUUUCA